CAGGCAUACGGAUACUAUGCUGGCGGAUCAGACGACGAAUGGACGCUACGGGAGAAUGCGGCGGCCCUGAGGCGCUACCGCCUGCUGCCGCGCGUGCUGGUGGAUGUGUCAGCUGUGGACACCAGCACGGUGCUGCUGGGCCAGGCGCUGUCCGCCCCCAUCCUCUUUGCGCCCAUGGCGCAGCAGCGGCUGUGCCACCCCGACGGCGAGCUGGCCAUGGCCCGGGCGGCGGCCGCCUGCGGGCUGCCCUACAUCCUUUCCACCAUGGCCACCAGCUCCAUCCAGGAGGUGGCCGAGGCGGUGCAGGUCCGCGGCGGCGGCGGCGGCGGCGGCGGCGCGGGGGCCGACCCCAACCUGUGGUUCCAGAUCUAUGUGAUGAAGCGGCGGGAUGUGACGGAGUGGAUGGUGCGGGAGGUGACGGCGCUGGGGUACCGCGCGCUGAUGGUCACGGUGGACGCGCCGCGCCUGGGCCACCGCGAGGCCGACGACCGCAACCGGUACAGCCUGCCGCCGCACCUGAGCAUGAAGAACCUGGAGAUGCUGACGCGGGCGGCGGCCACCACGGAGGGCGUGGAAGCGGAGGGCUCCAAGUUUGGGCGCCACUUCUCCGACCUCUUUGACCAGCGCCUGGACUGGGGCGCCAUCGCCUGGCUCAACCCUCUGCCCCGGCCCACACCCACCCGUGGGUGUCUGCAGGGGGUGCUAGCCCCCGAUGACGCGCGGCGGGCGGUGGAGCUGGGCGUGGAUGGCAUCAUCCUGAGCAACCACGGCGGCCGGCAGCUCAACUACGCCCCCGCCGCCAUCGACAUGCUGCCCUCGGUGGCCGAGGCGGUGGCGGGGCGCGUGCCGCUGCUGGUGGAUGGCUGCGUGACGCGAGGGACGGACGUGAUCAAGUGCUUGGCCCUGGGCGCCAGCGCGGUGCUGGUGGGGCGGCCGCUGCUGUGGGCGUUGACGCUGGGGGGGCAGCGGGGCGUGGAGGAGGCGGUGGGGAUGCUGCGCUCCGAGCUGGAGCUGAGCAUGGCGCUGCUGGGCACCUCGGCCGUGGGCCAGAUCACACCCGACUUUGUCAUC